CUCUAACGAGAUCCUAUCAUCUCUCGUGAAUCAGCGAGAGAAAGCAACGUGAACGAGAUUAGGUCAUCUCUAAGAACAACAACAGUCAACAGAACUCCUAACAAUAUGGCCAGCUACAAGAAGACAAUGGCUGGAGGUCCUCGUAAGAAACCUGGUCCAAAGCUGGAACUGACUGAGGAACAGAAACAGGAAAUCAAGGAAGCAUUUGACUUGUUUGAUGCUGAUGGUUCUGGAAGUAUUGAUGCCAAGGAGCUGAAGGUUGCCAUGAGGGCUCUUGGUUUUGAACCUAAGAAAGAGGACAUCAAAUCAAUGAUAGCUCAAGUGGACAAAAAUGGCACUGGAACCAUUGACUUCAAUGACUUUUUAACCAUCAUGUCUCAGAAGAUGAGCGACAAAGACACCAAAGAAGAGAUCCUCAAGGCAUUCAGACUGUUUGAUGAUGAUGAAACUGGAAAAAUCUCAUUCAAGAAUCUGAAGCGUGUUGCUAAGGAACUUGGAGAGAAUCUAACAGAUGAAGAACUACAGGAAAUGAUAGAUGAAGCUGACCGGGAUAAUGAUGGAGAAGUGAACCAAGAAGAAUUCCUGCGUAUCAUGAAAAAGACUAGUUUAUACUGACCCAUUAUUUCUCUCUAUUUAAGACCAAUCUAUACUAAUCCCUUUUUUUUUUUUUUUAUAUAUAAGACCAGUUUUAACAUCUCGUGUUUCAUUCUUUAAAAAAGUCUAGUCUCUAUCGACCCCUUGUUU